AUGGUGAAGUCGAAGGAGGAUGUUAUCGCGCAGUUCAACGAGGAGGUGAACAUGACUGUAGAGGAGCUCGAGGCGUGGCUGGAGGAUCCGAAGAGCCUGAAGGCGGGGACGGGCGUAGGGAUAGAGAGCGGCCACAAGAUCAUCGAGAUCCUCCGCAAGAAUCCCACCAAGGAUCCAGAAAAGUACGAGGAGGAGGACCUCGAGCACAUGCGGAAGGUGGUUGGGUACGCAAACAGGCACAUGGCACAGGAGAACCACUUGAAGGAGACAAAGACCUGCGACGAGCUCGAGAACACCAAGAGCACCAUCAGUUUGAAGAACUGGGGCCACGUGAGAAUUGAUGUGUUGGCACUCUACGCAAUUGUUCUUACACAUUCCGCAGGACCCCGUGAAGACUCUGGACGACGAGAAGGGCGAUGA